AUGGAGAAUUCGCGGCCUUCUUCACCGGAGGCGCCACCGCAGGAUCUGUGGUCCUCCAUCCUCGACUCAGUGUCAACAUCGCGCUCUAUACCGGCGAAGCAGGUCAUUAUCUUGGGCGAGCCAUCCUCUGGGAAAUCUACCCUUGUCUCUGCGCUGCUGCAGAAACCGCUUCCAGAGGAGACCAAAGAGGACCAGCGGACGGACUUUGCGCUGGGGUACGACUGGGCGGAUGUACGAGACGACGCGGACGAAGACACACUUGCGAGGUUAUCCGUGUACACAGUCCCUUCCUCCGCGCCAUCUUAUACCUCUCUAUUGCCUUAUUUUGUCCCUCCCCGUACCUCCUUGCCACAUACCCUGGUUAUGGUCGUCCUCGACUGGACACGCCCAUGGUCUUUCAUACAAGAGCUAGAAACUUGGUUGGAGUGGGUAGAGCAAUGGGUUAAAGGAGACGGCUCCCGUGACCUCGAUAUAGCGAAGGAGGAGAACCGAGAACGCUUGCAGGCACACUGGCAGCACUACGCCGAACCUUCUUCGGAACCACUUCCCGCGACGUCAGUAUCCAGUACUAUCCUGCCACUGGGGCCUGGUACUCUGACGCAUAAUUCCGCCGGCGUCCCGAUUGUCGUGGUCUGUACGAAAGCAGACCUCAUUGACGAGGGGAACGAUAUCAUCGGCACCGGAGCAUCAGGCAUGGGUGGUAUGGUGAAGGGCAAGGGCGGCGAGUGGGAAGAGCAAACAGACAGUAUCAUGCAGAUUCUCCGGACUAUCUGCCUCAAAUACGGCGCCGGCUUGUUCUACACGACGCCCCAGCCAACGACCCUACAGGUUCUCAGGCAGUAUGCCCUGCACAUGCUCUUCGUGCCUCCUGCGCCUUCUCCUGCUGCGGGUGCUUCUUCCGAGGUAGCCGCUCCUCCUCGGAAUCCUUUCGUCUUCGAGCACAAGCCCAAUGCAUUGGAUCGCGACAAGAUUGUCAUCCCCGCAGGUUGGGACAGUUGGGGCAAGAUCGCCGUCCUGCGCGAUGGAUUUGACGCGAAGUUGUGGGGAGAAGCCUGGGAGAACGACCUUGACCACUCAGAUGACAGUGACGGCACAGCUCAUGCUCAACGACUCUAUGCUGGUCUUGUUCCCGAUAUGAGUCGCAAGCCGCCCCCUCUCCCACCACUCAACAACCCAACUCCGGAGCAAGUGUUCUUGGCCAAGAAUUACGACGAGAACGCGAAGAAGCCCGACCGCGAUCCUCGCGGCGCGUUCCGCAACCCGAACGAGACGGCCUCUGCGGGUAUCGUGGGUCCAAUGGGCAGCAGCAGUUUCAAUCUCCCAAACGUGGAACGUGCAUUAACGGAAAUGGAGAGUGUUGCCGGUGCCUCUGGCGUGAACCCGUUGAACAUGAGCACCGCACGGGAUCCCGCCGCGAGGGCACUCUCUGGGCGUGGCGGCACUCGUCCACCCAAUGCGGGCCUUUCCAUCCCCACCGCGGGUGCGGCACUCGCGCUCGGACGUUCUGGAGCGCCUUCGCCUGCCCCGAUGUCGGCGACGACACCCAACUCCGCGGACGACCAGUCACAGCACCAGGCUCUGAAGGCGUUCUUCGACAACCUCAUCAACAAGAGGAAUACCCGGGCCGACGACAGGGGAAAUGCGAAGAGCCCAGACGGGGAGAAUGGUGCGGACGAAGGAAGUUGAUCUGGUUAUAGCGUCGUGAUAUGUGAUAUUUCGAGGUUAGAUGUUUUAUGUCUAC